UUGCAUUCCUGUGAUUCACAGCAAUGCUCCGUAAACGUGUAUUCAUCAAUCACGGUUCGCGUCACUCUCAAUUGCCAUACAAAUGGCUGAGGAUGCAAUAAAGGCGGAAUCUGAGACAGACAAGAAGAUCCUCCAUGUGUAUCCAUUAGUAAAGCACUCUGACAUGAAUGAGGAGAUGCGAACGGAGGCCAUUGAGUUGUGUAUUACGGCUUGUGAGAAAUUUGCACAGAAUUAUGAGCAAGCCGCUAAACUCAUAAAGGAGACGAUGGAUAAGAAAUUUGGCUCCUUUUGGCACGUUGUCGUCGGUGAGGGAUUCGGCUUUGAACUCUCCUACGAAACGAAGAAUAUCCUUUACCUGUUUUUCGGUGGAAAUCUCGCCAUAAUCCUCUGGAAGUGUUCUUAAAUACAUAAAACAAGGAAAUAAAAGUUCAUGACACCCAUAGCAAUGCAGGUCAAAUUUUUUUGUAUACAAUAUAUUUUUUUCUAAUAAACUUUGUCAAUUGAACGCUUUAUGUUGUU